AUGCUGUCCAACGUAAGUCUAAAUACUUUUUGCGAGUUAAAUACCCCACCAUGCCGCAUCGAAGCUCAAGCGCCCGAAAUCUUCAGACUCGACGGCCACACAUAUCAGACCCGACCGUCAGAAUCAUCAACCGCCUCUGAAAUGAUAGACUGCAUAUGGAGCGCAGGUCCCGAUGUUGCCACCGUAUUCGCAUACACCUGGACCGAAAACGAUACCACAUUGAGCUCAAGCACCACGUUGAGCAGCAGCGAGCACGUCAACGCAUACGGCGUCUAUAUCGCAUGGCAGUCGACUGAUUUCGGCACACCUGCAACGAAUACCGCAACCACUACCAGCGCAGCUGCUACAUCCUCAGAUACCUCCACAGACUCGUCAGGCUCGUCGGGCUCGUCAGGACUCUCAACGGGAGCCAAAGCAGGCAUUGGCAUCGGAGUAGCAGCGGGAGCAAUUGCAGUGAUAGGACUCCUAGCGUUCUUCUUGAUCCGACGACGACGGCCCAAAAACCAAGUCCCCCCGCCAAUCGAGAUGUCAACAGAAUCACAAUCUACACCACAACGAUACGUCGGGUUGCCUGCAGAGAGAGGGAUGGCGGAAUUGGACUCCAAUAGCCCGGGAAAAUAUGAGUUGGACUCCGAUAACCUGAGAUAA